AUGAUACGACUUGGCUUGGCUGUUUUGGUGAUUGUUUUCAUCGACCAAAGUUUGGCUGCUACUGUAAAGAAUGGACACCUUGUACAAAGACUAAAACGAUCACCGCACUAUUGCGGACCGGAAGGUCCAGCAUGGCCGCCACCGCCACCUCCACCACCGCCUCCACCACCACCACCACCGUACUGGCCACCUCCACCACCACACUGGUCGCCAUACUGGCGUCACCACCACCAUCAUCACCGGCACAGCGGCGAAGACUACGACGAGUAUAAAACUAAAGAAACUACCAUCUACAAAACAAAAACCCUCGUUAACGGACAAAAUAACUUUGGGAACCCCGGUAUUGGAGCCCAAGGUAACGCUGGAUUUGGUUUUGGUCAGGGUAACGCUCAACUGGUUGAUCCGAGUCAGGGUAAUGCUGGGCCAGUGCUCCCAGAAUCUCCACCUUGUGAAACUUGUAAGGGAAAGAGUACAGCAGUGAGCAACGCCCAGAGUGAAACGGGGAAUGCUGUUGCAAUCGCCAUCGCAAGAGCCAAAUCGAGAUAAAACUAUUUUGAGUGCAAAAGUGUUUAUUAAAAGAGAGUGAACUGUAAUCGAACAUGUCAAUAGCCGAUACUAACCUAACCGCAUUAUUAAUAGAGGGCCAAGUGUGUGAUUAUCUAUCUACGUUUACAUAUUCGAUCGCCAGAAAGUUAUCUGCGAUUUAGAUGGAGAAGCGCCAUCUAGUACUAUUAGUCUCACACUUGGUUCUCAGCAACUCGCGAAACUGUGUCCUUUGGGAGAACCUGACAGUGGCGAUCUUAGUUAUUAUUAUAAACACGCGAUAACUAAACCUAA